AUGGGCUGAGGAGGAGGCGGCGGCGGCGGCGAGUGGGACGGGGGGGUGGGUUUCGGAGUAUGUGUGUUUAUGUGGGGGGCUAGGAGCAUAGGAGGUUCCUUGAUUCUUUCUUAGUUAACGAUGGCAAAGCCACAAAGCAAAGAUCCUGGCCUAAAGGAGAAGUUCAAGAAUCUCUUAGGACUUGGGAAUUCCAAAUCUAAUUCCAAGUCAUCAGAAGGAAAGCAAACGGAAUUUGUUAUCACAGCAGAAAUACUCAAGGAACUGAGCGUAGAAUCUGGCUUGAACAAUCGGAUAAGAGCAAUCGGUCAAAUCUGUGAGGUAGCAAAAACUAGAAAGUUUGAAGAUCAUGCAGUGGAAGCCAUCUGGAAAGUGGUUGAUGAUAUGCUGCAGCCCGACCGACCAGCUGAAGCCAGGCAUGCUGUGCUCCACCUCCUGAAGGCAAUUAUUCAAGGGCAGGGCGAGGGGCUCGGUAUCCUCCGAGCUCACUUUUUCAAAGUGAUUAAAGAUUAUCCUUCUAAUGAAGACAUGCACGAACGGCUUGAAGUGUUCAAGGCUCUUACGGAUAACGGAAAAUGCGUAACGUAUUUGGAAGAAAAUUUGGCUGAAUUUGUCCUUCAGUGGAUGGAUAUUGGUUUGGAUUCAGAGUUCCUGCUGGUGCUGGUCAACCUAGUCAAGUUCAAUAGCUGCUACUUGGAUGAAUAUAUCGCUGACAUGGUCAACAUGAUUUGCCUCUUAUGCAUUCAGACAUCUUCUGCAGUUGACAUUGAGGUUUCCCUGCAGGUCCUUGACGCCGUGGUGUGCUACAACUGCUUGCCUUCGGAAACCCUCCCAGUCUUCAUAAUCACCUUGUGCCGGACGAUCAACGUGAAGGAACUCUGUGAGCCUUGCUGGAAGCUCAUGCGCAAUCUGUUAGGAACUCACUUGGGGCACAGUGCCAUUUACAACAUGUGCCGGAUCAUGGAGGACAGGACCUACAUGGUAGAUGCCGCACUGCUGAGAGGGGCUGUGUUUUUCGUGGGCAUGGCUUUGUGGGGAGCGCACAGGCUGCCGUCACUCAGGAAUUCACCAACUUCAGUGCUGCCCUCCUUUCUGAAGGCCAUGACGAGUCCGAAUACCAUUGUGUCUUAUGAAAUAGUCCUUUCCAUCACAAGACUGAUCAAAAAAUAUGGGAAGGACCUCCAGGCAGUCACUUGGGACAUCCUCCUGAAUAUCAUCGAGCGGCUGCUCGAGCAGCUGCAGACCCUGGAGAGCCCAGAGCUGAAAUCCAUUGUCCAUGACUUGCUGACCACGGUGGAGGAGCUAUGUGACCAGAAUGACUUCCAUGGCUCUAAGAAACAUUACUUUGAGCUUGUGGAGAAAUGUGCAAGUCAGAGACCUGAAUCUUCUGUUCUGAACCUGAUCACCUACCGAGCUCAGUCCAUCCACCCCGCGAAGGACAGCUGGAUCCAGAAGCUGCAGGGGCUGAUGGACAAGUUCUUCAGGAAUGAGACACGGAGUGCUAUUCGCAUCAAAGUUCUGCAUGUUCUCUCUUUCGUCUUGAGCGUCAAUAGGCAGAUUUAUGAGGAGGAGUUGAUUAACCUGGUGGUCCUCUCCCAGCUGGCCCACAUCCAAGAAGACAAAGACCACCAAGUCCGCAAACUGGCCACCCAGCUGCUGGUGGACCUGGCAGAAGGCUGCACCUCCCACCACUUCAACAGCUUGUUGGAUAUCAUAGAGAAGGUUGCUUCCCAUUCCCUGCUGCCUCCCGCUGAACUAGAGGAAAGAGACUUGCUGUCUUACUCUGCUUCUUUAGAAGAUGUGAAGACAGCAGUCCUGGGCCUUCUGGUCAUUUUCCAGACAAAACUCUACAGUUUCCCCCCCAGCCACGCCACCCGCGUCUAUGAGAUGUUGAUCCUCCACAUUCAGCUCCACUAUAAACACAGAUACAGCCUCCCAGUCGCCAGCAGCAUCCGGCUGCAGGUAUUUGACUUCUUGCUCUCGCUUCGGGCUGACUCUCUCCACCGACUGGGCCUGGCUACCAAAGAAGGGCUCAUGAAAUUCAGCCCCUACUGCCUCUGCGAUUUUUUGGAACCAGAGAAGAAACCUGCCGGCACCCUCUCCCCUCCCUCGGGAAGCCCCAGUGUGCCUCCCCAGAGCACGGGCAUUCGUAUGGGCCACUUACCUUACUCCGUUUUCUUUGGAGUCCUCCUCCAGUGCUUGAAGCAAGAGACAGACUGGAAGGUGCUGAAGCUGGUUCUGAACAAGUUACCGGAGUCUCUGCAGUACAAAGUGCUUUACUUAACAUCCCCUUGCAACAUUGACCAGCUGUCUUCUGCCCUCUGCUCUAUGCUUACAGACAAAAAGAUGACCGAGCGCCUGCAGGGCACCCCGGAAACUUUCUCCCGUAACGAUUUGCAUUUGGCUGUGUUUCCAGUGCUGACUACUUUGAUCUUUUACCAUAAUCACCUGGACAAAAGCAAGCAGCGGGAGAUGGUGUAUUGCCUGGAGCACGGCUUGAUCUCUCGCUGUGCCAACCAGUGUGUCGUGGCUCUCUCCAUCUGCAGCGUUGAGAUGCCAGAUAUCAUCAUCAAGGCCCUGCCUGUCCUAAUAGUCAAGCUGACACAUAUAUCAGCUACGGCCAACAUGGCCAUCCCCCUCCUGGAAUUCCUUUCAACAUUGGCCCGUCUGCCUGCCCUCUACAGGAAUUUUGCAGCUGAACAGUACGCCAGCGUCUUUGCCAUCUCCUUGCCCUACACAAACCCCUCCAAGUUUAACCAGUACAUUGUGUGCCUGGCGCAUCACGUCAUAGCCAUGUGGUUUAUCAAGUGCCGCCUUCCCUUUCGGAAAGACUUUGUCCCCUUUAUUACCAAGGGUUUGCGAUCAAAUGUCCUCCUCUCUUUUGAUGAUACACCAGAGAAAGACAGCUUCCGGGCUCGUAGCACCAGCUUGAACGAGAGACCGAAGAGCCGGCUGCAGACCUCCAUCACCAGUUCCAGCCUGGGAUCUGCUGACGAGAACUCUAUGGCUCAAGCGGACGACAGCCUGAAAAAUCUCCACUUGGAGCUGACGGAGACCUGCCUCGACAUGAUGGCUCGAUACGUCUUCUCAAACUUCACAGCUGUGCCCAAAAGGUCUCCGGUGGGAGAGUUUCUCCUCGCUGGAGGGAGGACCAAGACGUGGCUGGUGGGCAACAAGCUGGUGACAAUCACAACAAGUGUCGGGACGGGAACCAGGUCUCUCCUGGGCCUUGACUUGUCAGAGACACAGAACAGCACAGGGGCAAGCUCCGACCACACCUUGCAAGUGAGGCAGACCAAAGAAGCUCCAGCCAAGCUUGAGUCCCAGGCUGGCCCACAAGUGGUUCGAACCCGCAACCGUGUUAGGUCGAUGUCCGGUGGCCACGCCUUACGGGUUGGGGCAUUAGACACCUCCACCUCCCAUUUCUCAGCCACCCGAUGCCAAGGAUUUCAGAGCUCUCCUGCUCCUACUGCUGCUCGAGCGGAAAAGGCUGCUCCUGGGCCUCUACAGAAGGAAAAGGCCAACUUGGCUGCGUACGUCCCCCUGCUAACACAAGGCUGGGCGGAGAUACUGGUGCGGAGACCGACAGGUAACACAAGCUGGCUGAUGAGCCUGGAGAACUCCCUGAGCCCGUUUUCCUCGGAUAUCAACAGCAUGCCCCUGCAGGAGCUCUCCAACGCUCUCAUGGCGGCCGAGCGCUUCAAGGAGCACCGUGACCCCACCCUGUACAAGUCCCUCUCAGUCCCUUCCUCCACCUUGCCAACGGGGACUGCCAAGCCGUACUUUCUGCAGCGCUCAAACACAGUGGCCUCUUUCUCUUCCAUGUACCUGACCAGUUCUCAAGAAAAGUUGCACAGGAGCAUUUCCUGGGCAGAAUCUGCUGUGGUUCUGGAAGAAGGAAGCCCACCGGAGACGGAUUUAAAAGACGCAGAGUCUCGCCUAGAAUCUCAAGAGAUUGAAGACUUUGAAGCUGUGUGUCCAGAGCAAGGCCUAAGCGAGGAGAAGGUUGGUAGAUGCCCCGGGACGUAUAGUCGGUCCUCGUCGACAUCCAGUCAAGAAGAGAGAGUUCUGAAACCAGAUGAUUUGGCCCCCAUGGGCAUCCCCAUCGAAAGAGCCCGGAACUUGGAAGACAGCCGCGAGUUUGAGGCACUCUCUUUCCAGCCUUCCCAACCCCUCAGCAAGUCCAGUUCCUCUCCGGAGCUUCAGACCCUCCAGGAAGUCCUCAAGGACGCCGGCAGCGAAGAGCCGCCUGGGAAGCUGAGCAGUGAUGGGAAGUCCAAGUCUCAGUCGGGACACUUGGAAGGGGAGGCAGCUGGGAGCUGGCUGGGCAGAGGGGAAGAUGACCGCCCCCCUGGGGCGCCCAGGGUGGGAUGCAGUGCCCCUGUCUCUUCUCCGCGCUCCCCAACGGGCCACCGUCCCCGAGGGUACACGAUCUCUGAUUCAGCUCCCUCGAGGAGGGGCAAGAGGAUUGAGAGAGACCCCUUCAAGGGCCGCGCAACAGCUUCCAAUGCGGAGAAAGUGCCAGGAAUCAACCCAAGCUUUGUGUUCCUGCAGUUGUAUCACUCUCCUUUCUUUGGUGAUGAAUCCAACAAGCCCCUCCUGUUGCCAAAUGAGACGUUUGAGAGAUCAGUUCAGCUGCUGGAUCAGAUCCCCCCCUACGAUACCCACAAGAUUGCAGUACUAUAUGUUGGGGAAGGGCAGAGCAAUAACGAGCUCGCCAUCCUUUCCAACGAGCACGGCUCCUACAGGUACACGGAGUUCCUGACUGGCUUGGGAACGCUCAUUGAGCUGAAAGACUGCCAGCCAGACAAGAUUUACCUUGGUGGCUUGGAUGUGUGCGGGGAGGACGGGCUGUUUACCUACUGCUGGCACGAUGACAUCAUGCAAGCCAUUUUCCACAUUGCGACUUUGAUGCCCACCAAAGACCUGGACAAGUACCGCUGCGACAAGAAACGUCAUCUGGGGAACGACUUUGUGUCCAUCAUUUACAACAAUUCAGGGGAAGACUUCAAGCUGGGGACCAUCAAGGGCCAAUUCAACUUUGUGCAUGUCAUCAUCAAGCCGCUGGAUUACAACUGUAAUCUGCUCACUCUGCAGUGCCGGAAAGAUAUGGAAGGGCUCAUCGACACCAGUGUGAUGAAGAUCGUUUCCGAUAAAAACUUGGCUUUUGUCGCCCGCCAGAUGGCUCUGCACGCCAACAUGGCUUCUCAGGUCCAUCACAGCCGCUCCAACCCCACAGACACGUACCCGUCUAAGUGGAUUGCCCGCCUGCGGCACAUCAAGAGGCUCCGGCACAGGAUCAGAGAAGAGACUCAGUUCCAGGCUUCUGGUUUCCCCAGCAUGCACCCUCCCGCCCCAGCCAAAGCGUCUGCCCACCUUCCUCAGGACCCAGCUCCCACCUACGAAACGGGACAGAGGAAGCGCCUCAUCUCCUCGGUGGAUGACUUCACGGAGUUUGUGUAGCGUCGGAACGUGUCCUGCAUCAACUUGUCCGGUGGGCAAAGCCUUCUUGUUUCCCCCACCCAUCCAGCUGCUGCGGAGAGGAGAUUCCACGUUGGCGACACUUGGAGUUGGGUUUCCCCGAUCCAGGACACACCACUGCCGCUCUGGUGGCUCACGCUCCCUUUGAAAGCUGCUGGUCCACAGUCCUGUCAGGCUGCCAUUCUCCAGAGAGGAAGGUGGAGGUGUCUUGGACUGCCAUUGCUGUCGUGCGUUUUUUAAACUAACACUUUGAGGAUGCGCUGCUAUGAGUGAAUGGAGGCAGAUCUAAGACACACAAGAUUCUCGUUGAAGGGACGGAAGAAAAGGUGUCUCAGUAGCCUGACAUGAACUCCCCAGCAGCGCCAUGAAUGUUCCUGGCUGGAUGAGUCCCAGGCCCCAGUGUGCAUGCGUUUUUGCCUCCAGCUCAUGGUGAGGAGGCCUGGGGGUUAGUGACUUCGUUUUUCUUUUCCCAGAGGAUAAUGGCGGCGUGGAUUUUGCUGCCGGCGAGUGGUCUUUCCUGAACAGUUGUUCUUUGCAGCAGGUCAAGAUGCCAAACACUGAGCUUGUGCAGAAACAAUUUGGCCGUGCCCAGACACUUUGGGCUGAUUUCGCUCUAAUCUAUUCGCUGCAGAGUUGGGGAGGGAAGAGGAGCACGUUGGCCUUGAAAAAGGAGAUCCCUGGCUUUUCCUUUUUAAAUUGUCCCUCGCUGGAAGAAAUUUAACCUCUUCCUUUCCUUUGCUGGGAUGAGCUUUUAUUGCCAUUGAGGCCGUGGGCUGUGUCGGCCUUUGCCAAACUGGCGCCCUCCGGUUGUUUUGGAUUGCAACUCCCUCUAGCCCCCCAGCCAACGUGUGCUGUGAGUUGUAGCCCAAAACAUCUCCAAGGCUUUCUGGUCAUUGCUUAGAGGAAGACCAGCCUUCCCCAUCCUGGUGCCCUCUAGAUGUGACUGGGAGCACAGUUGGCAUGGCCACUGCGGUCGGGCUGAUGUUACAGUCCAGCGACACCUGGAAGAUGCCAGGUUGAGGAAGUCUGACCUGGGCGCCACUUGAGUUGCGGCGGUGCUGCAGUAGAAGAAGCAUGGGAGUUUGCCCUGUGGGAUGUUCUGCUGACUUUUGCUGCCAUCCUUCUGUGGUCACUGGCGCUCCCUUCAGGACUGCAGGUGGGCUUUCACAGGACUAAACCCAAGGGCCAGCAAUGAUGUGAAGGUUUGAUUUGUAGCUAGUCUUCCUUGGAAAUAGCAAAUGGUACAGAAGGUAAAGCCUUCCUUUACUGGGAUUUUAAAAGGGGGGUCACCUAAAGAUGACUGGAUGUCACUUUCCUUUGUAUCCAUCUUGUUUGGCAAAUGUCUUACAACACACUUAAUGAAAUAAAGUGUUUCUUUGACAACCAGA